CCACAGGGUUAGACGGGGGUGUAUGUAUGCGAUAUCGCAGACGGAGACUAUAUGUGAAUGUGCUCAUUUGGAUAUCUAUCAUUGUUGACCUCCAAAGCUCGCACUUGCGUCGAGAAAUCUCCCCUUCAAAACGACCCUCUCCUUCGGUUCUUCAGCGUGGCCGAUGCGCCCAGUCAAGAUCCUCAGCCGCUUGGCAUGUCUGAGUUGCUUGGUUUAUCAAGCUCGUUCCGCGGUGGUGGAUUUUUACUGGAACAUUACCUAUGCGACCGCCAACCCCGAUGGCCUCUUUGAGAGGACCGUGAUCGGCGUCAAUAACACUUGGCCUCCCCCUCCGAUCACAGUCACAUCCGGAGAUGUUAUCAGAAUGCAUGCCUUUAACGGCCUCCCGGACAAGCCAACAACCCUUCAUUUCCAUGGAAUGUUCUUCAACGGGACCAAUUUCUACGACGGUGCCAUGGGAGUCACCCAAUGUGGUAUUCCGCCCGGUGCUCAAUUUACAUACAUCGUAAACACUACUACUCAAGUCGGAACUUAUUGGGUCCAUGCCCAUUCUCUGGGUCAAUAUGUCGAUGGUUUGCGCUCGCCAGUGGUUAUUUUGCCGCCAGUAACGCCGGGGAAACGUCCCUAUGAUGAUGAAUUCACGAUCGUACUCUCGGAUUGGUAUCACCAACAACAUUCGCAACUGAUAUCCACCUUUUUAAGCCGAAGCAAUCCUCUGGGGGCUGAGCCCAUCCCUGACAGUGCGCUCGUAUAUGUCGUGCAAAAUAACACGUAUCGCGAGCAUUUCAACGAGAACGCUACGAUCCCAUUUUCGCCUGGUAAAACCUAUCGAUUACGCAUCCUGAACGCGGGUGCCUUGGGAAUGUUUUACUUCAAAAUAGAUGGCCACCAAAUGUCGGUCAUCGAAGUUGAUGGCACCGACGUUGAGCCGCUGCCAACCGAUAUGUUGUCUUUGGCUACCGCCCAGAGGUAUUCAGUCCUUGUCACGGCUAAGAACGAAACAAAACAAAAUUUUCUUAUCCACGCGAACUUUGAGCCGGGCAUGUUUGAUAGUAUCCCUGAGGGACUUCAAUUGAAUUACAGCUCUUCCAUUAUCUACACUCCUGGAGCACCCACCGCCCCCGAAGAGCUAUUUACAGAGUACAAAUCUUUGGAUGACCUGGCCUUCAAACCAACAUCGGCUUUGCCAAUCUUAUCAAAAACAAAGAACAUCGAUUUGAAUGUCUUUUUCUCAACUUUCGAGAAUGGGGUCAAUCGCGGAGCUUUUAACAACGUCACCUACGUUCCACCUCGGGUUCCAACGGUCAUGACGAUCGAUUCUGCCCCAGCGAACGCGCUCGAGAGCCCGGCCAUCUAUGGUCCUCAGAGCAAUGCAUUUGUGAUAAGUCAUCUUGAAGUGGUUGAAUUGACCGUUUUCAACUGGGAUAAAGGAAACCAUCCUUUCCAUUUGCACGGUCAAAAGUUUCAAGUGGUGAAUAAGCAAACGAGCAUUGAUCCUGGCAACCCAACCUACUCAAACCAGACACUGAGCAACCCUAUGCGAAGAGAUACGAUUCAGAUUCCGGGCGGAGGGUUUGUCAGUAUUCGGUUUGUAGCGGACAACCCUGGCGCAUGGCUCUUCCAUUGCCAUAUAGAAUGGCAUUUACAAUCCGGGUUAGCAGCAAUGUUUAUAGUAGCUCCCGAAGUGCACCAAAGGAACUUCCCAGUACCUCAAUUCAUGAAGGACCAAUGUGCGAUGAUGAAUAUUCCAUCGAGUGGAAACGCCGGAGGAUUAUCGGGCUCGAAGCUCUACGACCUGUCGACUGCACCACAUGGGCCAUUCCCACAAGUAUCAGGAUUCCAUGCUCGAGGAAACUUAUCGAUUGCGGCAUGCAUCAUCUCUUCAUUGAUCGGCGUCCUCACCAUCAUUUGGUACAGCCGUGGUGAACAGUUUGAUGACGAGGAGGUCGAACGAGAAAUGUUGGAGAAGAUCAAGAGUAAAACUAGUCAGGAUCAUCAUACAAAUGGCUUCGUGGCGCGAUUCCGUCGUUUCAUGAUACUACGAGGAGCACCCUGACAAGUCGCACAUCCCAUCAUUUGAUUCCUUUCCCAUCCUCAGAACAAUGACACUCUUUUCUUGAAUACACGUCCGCAAGAGUUAUAACACAUCUAUUCAAUGGAGGCUUUCGGUACACCAACUGUCCUGGGGGAAAGUACCAGUAAAAGCAACAACCAUCAAUAAUGAUACUAUGGUUUCGACAGCGAAUCAAUCGCCUAUACACGAAGAAUAAAAUAUCCGCUCUUGAGUUCCAAAGCUCUUAGGGUUCAUGACCAGGUGUCAUUCAGUCCAAUUCAUCACAAUUUCUACGCGUAGUCUCAGCUGAACAACUCGUCCUUCUUGCUUAGCAUUGCAAGUUUGGAAUACUCGUCCUCUUGAACUUUGUGAUAAUAUAGUAGUUUUGAGAUUACAAUCGCAACUGUAUAUAAACGUAGAACUCUGAUAAUGUUGCAGCAAUCUAUUCCUGUGGGGAAAUUCUUGGUCCGUUGAGUAUGCUAUAAGUACGCUUUGCUUCUCAAAGCAAAUUGGAACCUGAAGGGGCGUAGGACAAAAUGGUAUGGAGAAUUGCUUCUCAAAUGAAUCAUCCCUUGGAUAAGGAGUGUAUGGCUGACUGAAGACUUGUAGAGACAUGGUCUGG